ACCGUUUACUCGCUCUCGAGCUGUUCCAAACCCGUAUGACUUUCUUUCUUCUGCUCAACACAAGACACGAUAUUUGGAAGAGACACUUGACUUGCAUGGAAAAGAAGUAGCUAGUCUAUAAUGCUAUUAGACGUGCUUUAGAGCUGCUAGCAGAGCACAUGAAUGAGGUGCUGGGCUGCUUGACUCCGUGAGACAGGGGCUGUGAGAGCAUGUUCAUGAUGGGACUGCCGUGGCUGCUGGUUUUGGAGCUUGUCCUUUAUGCUGGCUGUUUCAUCUGUGGGGUGAUAGCUGCCGCGUGGAUGACACUCACUCAGGGCCACUUUGAUGGACGGUGCAUCCUCUAUGGAAGUGUUCAUUACAACGCAUCUGGCCAGGCUCUGACCGUAGAAGGCUCUAGCUCUCCCUCGGUCUGCUAUUUUGUGUCAGCCAUCGCUGUAUGCAUGGCUAUUUACUGCUUUUCCCUUAUUCUUUACUGGAUCUAUGCCAGCUGUGUAGAUGAGGAUGUGAGAAGGGGGAAUGUUUCUCUCAACACGUCUCUGGGAGCCUGUGGUCUUCUUCUGUUUUUUCUCUUGGUAUCAGGAUGCAUUCUCAAAAUCGGCCGGGACAGCUUUUGUUUCUCUGUCCUUCACAACACUCCCUCUAUUUCCAGUUGUGAAGAUGCAGAGAAUAAAACUUGGGCCCAUCCAUACACUGGGAACCAGUUCUACACAGGACUGUACAGUACUGAGAGAUCUAUGUGGGUAAGCUUCUUCUUUUGGUUGUUAAUACUGGCUGUGGUGGUCAUACAGAGGCGCCAGAGCUCAAGGUUGAAGGUUUGGGGUGAUGAUGAGUGGAGCCGAGCUGAAACAGAGCCCUUCCUCCAUCGUCCGUCCCGCCAGAGAUAAAUCACCAAGGGUCUCAUCGCUACAUAUCAUGUAGAAUGUGGUAUAUGCCGCAAGGAGUUAUAAAAUACCUGCAACUUUCUUGAAUUUUUAUUUAGCUAUACACCAAAACAUUUAUUUGAUGUAUGUUAGCCAUAAUUCCAUAAUGUCCAGAGACUUUGACAUGACGGAUAAAAGAAAAAUAUGUCUAAUAUACAGUCAAACAAUCAUUAUUGCUAAAUUAAGUAAUGAGGACACCAAAACCAAGAGGAGGCUUCUUAUAUAACACUAAAUGGGUUUGUCCUGCUUAAUACAAUCGGACAUAACAUUUCAAUUUAAGUUAACUAAUUAUAUAUUAGAAUCAUCUUAAUUAUAGUAUAUUGGUGAUAUAAACAUAUACAAAAUAUACAGGCUGCAACAGUACUUUUUUGAAUGGUUAAGUGUUACACUUGAGAUAAGAGCUUAAUGCAAAGUUGUGAACAUAAAAUAUGUUUGUGUCCAUAUUUAGGUUACCGCUAUUCAAAAUGAUGCGCUUGUGUGCUUAUUGUAAAAUAAUCAUUCUUCGCACAUGUGUGCUGUGGAUUGUUCAGAGAAUUAAAUGAAAAAUAUGGCAAUGGUACAAAGGUAACAUUUAGAGUUUGUAAGUCCUGCCCCUCUACUGAUUUGCAGAAAUCAUUCAAACACUCCCCCCAUCAGCCAUUGGUCGAGCAAACAGAUCGCCCCGCCUCAAACUCACACUAUUGUUGUCAUCUCAGAUUUGAAUUUAAAAAGGAAUUCCACAUCAUGUUAAAAUUGUGAAAUAGCAGAUCACAAUUUUUUAUCGUCAGAGACAAUUUUACUGAAUUUGACUGGCCGGAGAAGCUACUUCCUCUAUCGUUUUAGAGCUGCUUACUUAGUUUGCGAGCCUGCCUCUCUUUGGCUUCAAAUGCCACCUUGGUGUCCAUCAGAGCUUCCAGUGCUUUGCACAUCUCAGCCAUGUCCUGUUGAAGCGCGUCACUUUGGCUGAGGAGACUCUGGCUCUCGUCUCUCAGCUGCUCGGUGAGAGCGGCCAUCUGCGUGCUCUCUUCCUGACACGCCGCGUGGAGCUGAGCGGCCAAUGAGAGCAGGCCCUCCGCGUGGCUCACCACCGAGUCCAGCUGGUCCUUCGACAUCCUGCUGCUCUUCACCUCACAGCUGCUCCACACCAAGUCCAGUUGGGUUGUGGAGGAUCAACCAAAAAGAAAACUAUAAUGAAUAUUAAUACUAAUGCUAGCCUAUUAGGGGCUCUGUAUUGUAGAAACUCCAUGUUUGUUUGCUUGAUAGACGUUUUUUACAUUGACAUUCAAACACCUGUUUCAAAAACCAUUUAAAAUAAUGAAAUUUGUGAAUUGACUAUUUUGUGAGUUCUUCGUGGAAAAACUAUUUUUGUGAAUAUCAUGUUUUUGGCUAUGGCUGUUAAACUGUGGUAAGCAGUUGAACACAAUAAAUCAACGAUAUAUUUAAAGCUGAAAAGUUGAGCUUUAUCGUCAAGACAUAUGUACUUAAUAUUAAUGACAGAUAUUGACAGAUGUAUUUUAUAAAUGUUUUACUGUUUAAUAUAAGCUCUGCUAUCUAUCGCACAUCACAAAAUGUCAACAUGUUCAAUUAACUGUUUUUUUAUCAUUAUUAUUAAUUUUAUUGACUGAUUGAUUGAUUAAUUGAAAACUGACCUUGUCAAAAUCAAUAUAUAUUUACAAGGGAAAAAAAUGUUGACAACAUGUUGACUGUAGGCCACUUUGUUAAGUACCAGGUUUCUGUCUUAUUUAUUUGCGGCAUAGGUUCAGUGUGCUGCCAGAAAUGUUCCUCAGAGAUUUUGAUUCAUAUUGGUAUGACAGCAUCAUGCAUUUCGCAUGGCUAUAUUUGUAUGAAGACAUUUUGUACAUUUCCUAUGCAAAUGACUAGCACUGUGCAUUGCUAGGAACUUUAUUUGGACAACUUUAAAGGCCAUUUUCCCAAGGUUUAGAUUUUUGCACCCUCAGAUUCCAGAUUUUCAAAUAGUCAAGCCAAAUAUUGUCCUGUCCCAGCCAACCAUACAUCAAUGGAGAGCUUAUUUAUUUCAGUUAUGACUGGUUUUGUGGUGCAGGGUCACAAAUGUGAAUCUCAUGGUCCACCACAUCCCAGACGGGCUCUGCUGGAUUGAGAUCUAGAAUUGUGGAGGCAGAGAUGAUCUUUAACAUGGAGUCUGAGUCAGGUCUUGAGUCUUUUUAAUGGCUCGCUAAAAAUGUCCCAUUCAGAAUCAUCAUAUUUACGAAGCUGUUUUAUAGGCUACAGACAAUUAUAUGAUCUAUGAUCUGCUUUGUUAAAAAAAGAGGGGUUAAGAUGUAAGGUCAGUGUACAUCCAGCCUGUUACUUGUGUUUUCAUCCAUUACAAUGUUCAAAGCAGUUUAUCUUUAACUAAAUUCUAUAAUAAGAGUCUGAUCUACCACGACAAAACCAAAUAAUAAAGUAUUUCUUUAUGAGAUAAAUCAGGGGUUUAAUAAAAGUUCCAAUGGGUGUGGUCUCUAUAUUUUCUUCCAAUCAAAGGUCCAGACAAAAAAAAAAGCUAGGCCAUGUUCCUAAAAAAAGUUUCUGUUCAGGUCAAAAUGUUCUCAUCAUAAGCAGAAAAGAAAGGAUAAAAUCCAUCCUAGCCACAACAAUCUUCACAUUAUAAUUAGGCUACAUAUUUUUAAAUACGCCUAGAGAUGAAUAAUGCUGAAAUGCCUUGGCCACCUUUUGAAUAUCAGUUAGGCUACAAGUAUUUAAGGAUAAAACACUCAAAUUGCUUUUAAAAUAUUCAUGAGUCCUUUUUCUCGAGUCAUGUCGAGUAUGGACUCGGGUCAAGUGCCCAUCUUUGUGUGAAGGCCAUUUAAUUUUUAGCGCUAAUUGUCAUGUUCAAGAAACCAGUUUGAGAUGAUUAGAGUUUUGCGACAUGGUGUGUUAUCCUUCUGGAAGGAUCUAUCACAAGUUAGGCAUACUUUUAAAUGAUGCUCAACUGGUUUAAGGGGUUAAACCGCCAGUAGCAGCCUCAGCCAUGGACAUCUCCUCUGGCAUCAACAAAGCAAUUUUGCAGCUCAUUGGAUAUUUUAUUGGACCAUUCUCCCUAAACCUUGGAGGUGUUUGUGUGUGAAAAUCCCAGUAGAUCGGGAGUUUCUGAACCAACCUGUCUGGCAUAAACCAAUAUGUCAUGUUCAAAGUCACUUUAAACAUCAUCUUUUAGUAUUCUGAUGCUCAGAUCGUACAUCAUCAGAUCAUCUUGUCUAAAUGCAUCAAGUUGCUGCUGUGUGACUGGCUGAUUUGUGAUAGUUGUGGCAGGUACCUAAUAAAGUGGCCCACAUACACACACAUAUCUAUAAAAGAUAUACAAUAUGUACCUACGUUCAGGACAUUUUGUGUAAAAUAAAAAGUGUGGCAUAAUUGCUUAAAAUGUGUUUUUUUUAACAACUAUUAGACUAAUUUAAAUGCAAUCCACAAUAUUAAUGGAAAUGGGUAUUAGAAAAGGUGGUUCUCAUCUUUGUCACUAGGGCAACAUCCAGUGUCGUCUCUGUGACCUAAAUCUCUGAUGGCAGCACUAGUCUGAAUCAUCAGGCUCAAGGGAGGUAACAAGCUGCUUAGUGAACAGCUUAUCUGUUACUUCACUUCUCUUAUAACUCAGGCUAUAUAAGGGUAUAUUCAACAACUAAAUCAAUUAAACAACGCGACCACUGUAUUUUGAGAGGUCCCGAUGGCAGUGGAACGCAGUCCUCAUUGGAAAUGCGUUAUUGACAGCAAGAUUGCAUUGUCUUGAAAUUAAAGUUCCCUGAAUCAGACAAUCCUGUUGUACGUAUUUAAAAUGUCAAUCUAUAAUUUGGUAUUUUCAUUCUAUUCUGAAUAUUUGUGAAAUGCAUGGUUUCGAUGCUUACCAGAUCUGGUGUGUGUGUGUCCUUUUAUGCAGCACACAGUCACUCUCCUUUAGCUCUCUCUCUCUCUCUCUCUUCCUCUAUUAUUUGUCAGAACCAAGAGGGAACUGCUGCCCUGUCCUUCAAACACAGAUUAUGACAGAGAGAGAAGGAGGAGGGGAGGACGACAUGCCUUGUAUGCAAGGCAAUUACCUGCAAGAUUCCUGACAUUCCACGCAUUUAAAAAGUACGUUUACAAUAAAUCAUAAUGUAAUUUAGAUUUACGUCCGGUUUUACAUUUUUUACUUUUCCUAUUUAAACGUCCCAUGGCUUCACUGUAAUAUCACCGCUAGAUGGAGCUAAAGAUUUGAGUCUGGGUAGCUUAGCACGUGGUCAGAUAUUUUCUCAUCCACAGUGAACACCCAAAGAAAUUCAAAGCGCAUUGUCCGAAAAUGCAAAAUGGUUAUGCAUUCAAUAACGUAGUGAUGGAAUACAUAGAACUGAAUAAAUGUAACUGUUCAUAAACGGUGCUAAACAUGUCUCUAGCGAGCGGAGGUGUUUGCCAAGUCUGCAUUGAUCCAAGCCUAAAAAGCAGCUCUGGUCAUUAGCCUAGAGUUACUGAGGCGAAUAUCACCGCAUUAUUAAUUAAUACUAAAGGAUCAUUCAAAGUCAAAUGAUGCAUCUAUGACUUUCAGGUUCUGUUAAAAACCCUGAACACACUAUACAAGAUGAGUUAAUAUUGCAUGCACUUGCUUGUUGUGAUGAAUAACCGCGUCUCUUCAUAUACCUGCAAUGUAGGUGAGACACAAAUAAUAACAAUACAGCAGUUUUAGCAAAAUACAUGAAUAAAUAAUAAUAAAGCAGUCAAUGAACACAUUGUUAAUGGUUUGACUUUAUUAAUAAGAGCAUCAUGGUCAUGGCCACUGUAAUCAUUCCCUCAUCGCUGACAGAUAUGCUAGUGCUUGUUGAAGUAUUAGCAAUAAUUUGAUAAGUAGAAAUCCUGCUAACAAUACAGGGAUGCUCUUAUAGUGUGUGCUUUGGACUUUACCUUUUUUUUUAUUAUUAUGAAUAUCCUCUCCAUGUGCAAGGCUGUGUUUAUACAUUCGUUUCUUCAGUGUUUCUAAGGACAGCUUAU